AUGCGGAUGACCAAGACAGAAUAUGGGUACCGGGAACAGAUCUCUGUGGUCCAAACAUCUGCAAGUAAAACUCUUGAUAAGGGUGCUUGCGUGGCGCUUUUGUCGAAAGAAGUUUGGGCUUUUAAAAUGAAGGCCCCUCUAUACAUGGCAGUUGCUGGCUCCAUCCGAGAGAAGAAUAUCACACUUGUUGUCAGGUGCGACCGCAGAUGUCUGAUAUCGAGCCAUACGUAUUCACCUGAAUCGUCAACGCAGCAGGUCCUUGGGCUAGAAAGAUUGCCGAACUGGCAGGGCAAAGGCAAAGGGAUGCUGCCAGUCCCAGUUCCCAUUGGCCCACAAAGCCGAACAAAUUUUGUUAAACAUGCACCGGAUGUUCCAGUCGAUAUACCGGCUAUAGUAGACCCUUGCGAAUUCCAUCUAAGGAGGAAGACAUCGAUGACCGAGAAUCUUUGGAAGGAUUGCAAUGAAUUUUAUGUAAAUAUUUGGCCGGUUUUGGUGCGGAGAACCCCUGCUUUUCAGUCGGCAAAGAUAAAAUCAGCUUGGUGUGGCUUGCAAGAUGUAAACACAUUCGAUUCUGCGCCAGUUAUCGGAGAGCUUCCCUUUUACCAAAAUCUUUUCAUGAUGUGUAGAUUCAGUGGAAGCUGUGAUUGCCCCAACGAUUCAUUAAGAGAAUCGAGAUGUCAAGGAACAGCGAGGAACCUCAAAAGGAGUAACAUAAAGACGGAAUCUCUAGACAACAUCAUGACAGUGCAGCGUAAUGGGCCUAGCAUCCUAACAGUCAAACUUCAACAGUUAGCACUCCAAUGGAUGCAUCCUGCACCGGGUAUUGGGCUGGAUCCGGGUAUGCCAUCGAAUCUAGCUAGAGAAGACAGCCUCAUGAAAGCAGUAAAAGAAAACAUUGCAAAAGGAGAUGCAUAUGAGUUGGCCAAGCUCCAUGUAAGGCGCCACAUGGUGGUUCACGGUCUAAAUGCACGAAAGGACACGGAGGAAAUUGAAAACCGGCUUUUGCAAGAAGAACUUGCUAAGAUGAACAUUUUUUAA